CGAUCCGAGCCCCUGGGGCGAGGUAGGGGAAGCUGCUGGCUGCCGCUUUUGUGAUUUUCUCCCGGUGUCCAGCAGAAAUGGCGGCGGCGCAAAGUAUGGCUGGGCCAACCCAGGGUCCCCCAGGACCCUCUGCUCUGCGCGACAAGGGGCCCGCGCUCGCCAAGGCCGAGGGGCAGGAGUGAACGUGGCCCCCUGGGUCUGUGGCCCCGAUAGGCUAGCCAAUUGUACAGAAUUUAAAUCAUCUCUCAGAUGUGUACAGUAGAACUCAAGAAGACAGACUACCAAGGGUCAUCUGAAGUCGUGAUUGGGUCACUAAUAACAGCAGGACAAAGUUAGAGAUCGCUACUCAAGCAUAAGCCCCAGUCUUCAUAAGACUGCAGAGAGGAUGUUUGAUAUAAAGCCUUGGGCUGAGUAUGUUGUGGAAUGGGCUGCAAAGGACCCAUAUAGCUUCCUUACAGCGGUUAUUUUGGCCCUUACUCCACUGUUCCUAGCAAGUGCUGUACUGUCUUGGAAAUUGGCCAAGAUGAUUGAGGCCAGGGAGAAGGAGCAAAAGAAGAAACAAAAUGCCAAGAAAUCACUGCGAAAACUAAACGACUAAAAAAGGAUUGAAGGACUGAACAGGCUCUGCAACCAGAGGAAAAUCAUUUGGAAAAUUAUGCAGCUUUCGAAGAACCCACUAAAGUUUCUUCUUUGGAUUUCUUGACAGUAUUAUUUAGUAAAUGAAAUCUGACCAAAUGGAAGAAUCAUGUUUGUUCUGACCUCAAUACUAUAGUAACUUUUAGGCUUGGGUGUAGAAGUUUAUAGGUUUCUAUUGACAGUUAUUAUAAAUUAUCAUUCACUGUGGUACAAAUUCUUUAUAACUGACUUAGUCAUUUGCCGCUUAGCAGUUUGGUACUGAAAUGAAAACAUCCUGUGGGAAAAGUGACUUUAGAUUAUGAACUCAAUUCAAAUGAACUCUAUUUAAAA